GGAGGGAAGGAUUCCAAAGGCCGCGAGGACGCCAUGGACUCACCUCGCACGCUUCUCUUCCAUGGCGGCGGCAGAGGAGCGAAGUUGGCGGCGGUGACGGUGGCUGUUUUCCUUCCUCUGGUUUUGGUGUCCAUGGUGAUCCUUGCUGUGGACUCGAAGUCCUCUUCAACUUGGGCUUCCUCUUCUUAUGUUUCCCUUCCUCCUCCUCUUCUUCCUCCUCCUUCUCCUCCUCCUCCUGAUGGUGGCGGCGGCGGCGGCGGCGGUAGUGAUGGUGGUGGUGGCGGCGACGGCGGCGACGGCGGCGACGGUAGUAGUGGAGGAGGGGAGUUGAAGCUUGGCGCCCCGAGCCCGGCGCCGGAGCCUGCAAUAUCACCAAUUGGGUACAAUAUUGAGAUGGACACUAGGACUUUACAAGGAAAAACAAGAAGAGAUGUCAAAUUAGACAAGCUUGAACAUGACUUAGCCAGAGCUCGAGCUUCUAUCAAAAAAGCAUCAUUGAAUAAAGAAGUGGAAGAGCUCGACAAAGACUAUGUUCCACAAGGCCCAUCGUAUCUGAAUGCUUAUGCUUUUCACAGGAGUUAUUUGGAAAUGGAGAAAUUGUUCAAAGUCUAUGUGUACGAAGAAGGAGAACCGCCCUUGUUCCAUGAUGGACCUUGUCGAAGUAUAUAUUCUUCGGAAGGAAGAUUCAUCAAUAGCAUGGACUUGGAUAGUCAUUUUCGAAUCAGGGAUCCUAGUUUAGCCCAUGUUUUCUUUCUCCCCUUCAGUGUUGUGAGGAUGGUGAAGUUGAUCUACAAGCCGAAUUCACACGAUAUGUCGCCAUUAAUUAGAACCAUUUCCGACUAUAUCAAUGUCGUUUCCGAUAAGUAUCCGUAUUGGAACAGGAGUCUCGGUGCCGAUCAUUUCAUGCUCUCGUGUCACGAUUGGGGGCCUUAUACUUCCCAAGCUAUUCCUCUCCUCUACAAUUCUUCCAUUCGCGCCUUGUGCAAUGCAAACACAUCGGAAGGCUUCAAUCCUGCAAAAGAUGUAUCGCUCCCUGAAAUAAACCUGAAGACCGAUGACAUUUCGAGCAUGAUGGGAGGGCCACCAGCUUCCCGGCGUCCCAUCCUCGCAUUCUUUGCCGGUGGCGAUCACGGUCCUGUGAGACCUUUGCUUCUCAAAGCAUGGAAGGGCAAAGACCAAGAUGUCCAAGUCCAUGAGUACCUCCCAAAGGGGGUGUCCUACUACGACAUGAUGAGGAAGAGCAAGUUUUGCCUUUGCCCGAGCGGAUAUGAGGUUGCAAGCCCGCGCAUUACGGAGGCAAUCUACCUAGGUUGCGUUCCGGUGACGAUCAACGAUCACUAUGUGUUGCCAUUCAGCGAUGUGCUCAAUUGGAAGGCCUUCUCGGUGCAGGUGGCAGUGGAGGACAUCCCGAACAUAAAGACGAUUCUAUCCGGCAUCUCUUCCAGGCAAUACAUAAUGAUGAAGAGGCGAGGGGAAUUGGUGCAAAGGCAUUUUGUGGUGAACAGCCCGCCGAAAAGGUUCGACGCAUUCCAUAUGAUCCUUCACUCGAUAUGGCUGAGACGGCUAAACAUCCGCAUUGAUCAACAAGAUUAGUUCACGUUAGACUAAAAUUUUGGUCCAUUGUUCGAUUCUUUGCAAUGCUCCUGUAUACUACAGGGAAAUUCUGGGUAUAUUUCUAACCGUAGAGGUUAUUCUUGAUGACUGCUAAUAUACAGCUACAAUCUUAGCUUCUGUGAAUGCAGUUAGUUUCCUUUUGGUCAUGAGAUAGAUCGAAUAGAUAGGAUUAUAGGAAAAAAAUGG